AUGGGCAUUGUGGUCAAAAUCCUUCUCGCAGCCUUGGUCAGCCAUUAUGCGAUUUUCAAGCGCUUUGAACUCGACGCCCUGCGCUUCCUCGUCCUCGUAGCGGCGAGCAACGUGGUUCUCGUUUCGUACUCUUUGGCUUUCACAGACAGCUGGCUUCUUGCGCUGCGCCAGUUAACCUCGAUCAACGUGCUCUACUUCGCCCUUCUCGGAGCGUCAAUCGGAGCCUACCGCCUGUCCCCUUUCCACCCGCUCUCCCGCUACCCAGGCCCGCCUCUAGCAAAGCUGACAAAGUGGUACAUCGCGUACCACAUUGCGAAGGGCGAGCGACAUCUUCUGCUCAAACGACUCCACGAAGUAUACGGGAGAUGGGUCCGAAUAGGCCCCAACGAACUUUCAGUCAACGACCCGGCUUCCAUCCGCCCUAUUUAUGCACAAAUGUACCGCGGGCCCUCGUAUCAAGGCGCGCCUGUCGACGCGGAUGCACUUACGACGAUCCCGAACAAGGAGCAAUAUUCAGCGCGACUCCCGGCGUGGAGACGGGCCUUCAGCGCCGAGAACGUCAAGAGCUUCAGGCCUCUGGCCGAGUCGCGCACCAGUCAAUUGUUGGGCAUCCUUCAUCGAAAAAGCGAAAAGGGCGAGACCAUUGACAUCUCUCACUGGAUCUCGAUGUGGGGGAUCGAUAUAAUGGGGGACAUGUCCUUCUCUGGGGGCUUCGAGAAGCUUUCGGCAGGCAAGGACGAAGAGGGAUGGACCGACAUUGUCCUGGCGGGUGUCCUUGCUGUUGGUGUCUUGGGACAGGUUCCGUACAUGCGCGACAUCCUCCGUCUGGCGCCAACUCCAGGGCCUAUCGCGUCCUUCCAACGCUUGACAGCCCAGAAAGUCAGGGAGACGCGUCGCAGGCAAGCUGGCGUGCGCGCCGAUAUCCUCAGUACUAUCCAAAGCGCUGAGCCCGGGGAAUACGAGCUAUCGGAAGCGGAAGCCGCGUCGGAUGCCUCGUUCCUCAUCGUCGCGGGAUGGGACACCGUCAGCCAGUGCGCGACGACGCUCUUUCGACACGUCUUCGGGGAUCGUGCGGUCCUGAAUCGCUUGAGGACGGAGCUCGUGGACGCGUUUGGUGACGACCUCGAUUUGGAUCACGACACGCUCCUCCGUCUUCCGUACCUCGACGCGUGCGUGCUGGAGGCGCUCCGGAUGGUGCCUCCGGUUGCCGCGGGCCCGCCUAGGACGAGCGGUGACGUCGGAUACACGGUUCUGGGCGAAUACAUACCGCCCAAGACCGUUGUUGCAUGUCCGACGUAUACGCUCCAUCGAAGUGAGGAGAACUUCACAGAUGCGGAAGUGUAUAUCCCGGAGCGCUGGCUCGGGGAGCGUCCUUCAUUCGUGCAUAACACGGAGGCGUUCGUGCCCUUUUCAAGCGGGAUAGGGAUAUGCCUAGGAAAGCCUGUCGCACUCUUCAAUUUGAAGCUCCUUACCGCAAAUAUCAUCCGGGCAUUUGACGGUGACUUUCCCGAGGGCUUUAGCAUUCUUGAGUUCGACGAGUCGUACAAGGAGCAUAAUCUCUGGCGGCAUGGGCCGUUGAUGAUACGCCUCCGUGCACGAGGGCAGGCCACAGGUCCGACUUUUGCUCAACGCUAG